AACCGGUUCAAAUUUUUAGUAUAUCUGUCCUUCAUUUGUAACUACAUAAAAAAGGACACAAAAACAUUGAAUGUGCACCAGUAUUAGCAAAGGAAAAUAUAAUUUGUUUGGUUAGGGUUUUGACAUUUUUGGAUUUUGACAAGUGUAUACAUUCUAAUUCAAAUUCAAAUAACUUGUUUUUUAUUUUGUAAUGUAUGAAAUAUGUUUGAAUUGUUAUAUUUAUUGGAAAUAAUUUUGGGCACCUAGCCUAACCUGUUAGUUUCACUUUCUAACAAUGCUGAAAUCUGAGAAUGACUCUGAAGUGGAGGGUAUUCUCACUGCAGGCUUGGAAAAAUCACCGAGUACAAAUGAUAAACCGCUAUCUCCCAUUUUGAUUUCUAGUAAUUUGAACCGAAAGUUUUUAUUGGGAAAAAGGGCAACCCAUAAAAAGGUAAGAAGAAAAUUGACUGAUAAAUUUGAAGACUCCCUUUCAAAUCCAACAACAUCAAAUAGAGAGAAAUCUUAUCCACUGUUACAAGAGUUCAGUGAAGAAAGUUUCACCCUGAGCCAAAGUGAGGAUCUAAUAAGUUGUCUCAAUAGAUUGGAAGAGAUUGAAAAAAAUAGGGACCAAGUUUAUAAACUCAUCGUCAAUAACUCCAAGGAGUUUUGCUUCAAGAAGCCCAUUUCACCAGCACCAAAUAAAAUAAAAAGAAUUAAAAGUCAUGUCGUUUCCAGUAUUAACGAAAACCAGUCCGACCUUAUUGAAAAUGAAAGUAUGUUUAAUGUUACACAGAUUCCUAAUGACAAAACAAAAUGUUCUGGUUUCCAAACAGCCACAGGCAAACAGUUGUAUGUUCCAGAACAUGUUAUAAAAAAACAUGAGAAACUUUUUGAAGACAUACUUAUUCCAAGUCAACAAGCUGAUGAUACUCGUAAAAAUAAAUACAACUUUCUUUCUAAGGCCACAUCUAAUGUGUCUAUAAAAAAUGACUGUGAACAAAGUAUGUUCAAGAACAAUAUGAAACAAUUUGGGAUUUCAAGUAAAACUGACUUCGAACUUGAAACCGAUAGGCUCCAUCAAAAUAUUAGUGAUGUAGAGGAGGCUUUUUCUUUCACACAACAGAUUUGUGACUCUGAAAUCAGCAAUUCUCAGAUAAUAUCGGCUGUGGAUAAUGUCCUUAGUGAAAUUAACUCAUCAAAUGGAAAUUUGGAAUUUAGAGGUUUCAGUUCUAAGGAAAUUCUCGAGUCUAGUACUAUUCAUCAACAGAUUUUACAUAUCCACAAAGACAAAAUAAAUAAAAUGGGCAAGUCAAAUAGUGGAAGUGUUUUCGAGGUAUCUAGGAAGCAUAAAAUUUAUUUUACAGAUUCACCGCCCAAAAAAAGAUUGAAGCAUGAAAUGAUUCCCAAAGUUGUUGCAGAACAACAAAAUCUAGGGGUGAAGGAUAAUGUUUUAUCUUCCUAUAUUAGCUCUGGAGGUUUUGUGAGUGCAUCUGGAAAGUCUUUGGUGGUAUCAUCAGGCUCUUUGAAAAGAGCAAAACAUAUUUUUGAUCAAGUAGAAUCAGAAAUGAUCAACGACAAGACACUUAUAUCUCACGAAGGUAGUGCAUAUCUAAAGGAUUCUAUCACUGAUCAAUCAAUUUCAAAGAAAGAUGAAUGCCACAGUGAUUCCUUAGGAGUAAAAAAGAAUUUGACAAGUGGUUCUUUGAACUUGCCUCCAGAAAAGAGGGUAAAGCAAGAAAUGGUCCCUGAAGUUACGUCAAAACAACAAAAUCCGAAGAUGACUGAGAUUAUGUCGUCUUUCCCAGCAAACUUUUCCUGUAACAACUCUGGAGGCUUCUCAAGUGCUUCUGGAAAAUCUUUGGUACCAUCUUCACAGUCUCUGAAGAAAGCAAAACGAUUUUUUGAUCAAAUAGAAUUGGAAGUUAUCAGUGAUAAGAGCUUGAAAUCUUGCCAUGAAAAUGUCUGUUUUAAAAAUUCUAUAACUGAUCAAUACAACAAUGUUCAUACAGAAGUGAAAGAAAAUCUACCAAAUAAUAUAGAGUUUAGAGUACCAGCUGAAGAAAAUACUGUUUCUGAAAAUGGUGAUAAGUUGAAAAUAGCAUUAAAUACUUUAAGUAAUACUAAAUCGAAGGCAUUAUAUAGUGUUAAGGAUAAACUGAAAUUUUUUGAUAAAAUGUUAGAAAACGAUGACAUUAAUUUUAUUCCUACAUCCAGUGCAUCUGAAAAUAAGUUCAAAAUGUCCGGUAGAUUUGUGAAGGGAAGCCAAAGUGAUUUUACUGCUAUUGAUAAUGUUUCUUCAAGGAACAACAUCCAGGAAACAGGACUUCCAAAAAUAACAGCACAAACGGAUGCAAAAAAUAAACUGAAACUCUUAGAUGAAGCAAUAAAAAUGGCUGAAACUAAAUAUGGUACAAGUGAUGAAUACUCAAAUUAUUCCCCUCUGUCGUUUAGUAGAAAUGCUGUAGACUUUGCUGGAGGUUCCAGUAGUGUUAGCAGGAACAUAGUUAGGACAUCUGAGUCUGUUGUACAAGCAUCAAACACGAAUUUUGAGAAAACAAAGGGUAAUAAUACUCCAGUAAGGUCAAACCUAAGCAUGAAUAACUCCUUUGGGAGCAACAGGCAAGUAAACAAGAGAAAAUUAGGUGUAUUUUCUUGUAAACAAAUACCAAUAUCAGAAACAAAAUUGAACAGAGCCAAAAAACUAUUUCAUGAAGAAUUUUUCGAUAUGUCGCCAAUAAAGCCAGUACAACAAUAUAAUGUCCAGGUGUCGACCCCUCUCAGACCAAAAAUACAGAAUAUUAUUCAAACGUCAACCCCUCUGAGAAAUAGUUUUUGCUCUACACCUGUUAAAAACAGCAAUUUGGGGUCUAUUGGUUUCAAUACUGUUUCUGAAAAUUCAGUUGUAGAAGCAACAGAGGAGAAAUCGGAUGGACUGUUCCUUGACGAUAAACUACUUGUAACUUUUGAUGAAACUAAUGGGGGAUGUUGUUCAGACAUUGAAGAUGAUUUAGAGGCUGAACGUAAACGUUUAGAGAAGAGGUUGAAGAUAAUCACUGAAAGGAGAGAAGCAGUUUUGAGGUCAAAAGAGAGGAAACCAGAUGACUAUAGAAAACCUCGACCUGGAGUUUUAUAUCUGGCCAAAACAAAACAAAAUAAGGUUCCUCUAACUUCUUUUGUGGAUGGUAGAAAACCUGGUGACACUUGUAAUUAUGAUCUAUCGAGUAUUUCACCCCAAAAUACAGAAAAAAUCAAUUUCAAGGAGUCUGCUUCGAUAUUAAAUACUGAAGAUGGUGCUACUGUUAUACCUAAUUCGAAAAAUUUGAUUGGUCUGUCCGAAAUUGAAUAUGCGUUUAGGACUAUGCCAGGCGUAGAAGAACGUCUGAUUCCAAAAGGCUGGAUCAGGAAUCAUUACAAAUGGGUGGUUUGGAAGUUGGCCAGUUAUGAGAGAAUGUUUCCUUUGCAGUUUAAUCAUUCUCUAGGUGUUGAACAUGUAAUUCAGCAGCUAAAAUACAGGUAUGAUCGUGAAAUCGACAAAGCAGAAAGACCAGCGCUCAGAAAAAUAUUCGAAAAGGACGACGCGCCCCAAAAACGAAUGGUUGUUUGUGUUUCUGAUAUAAAACAGGUAGAUUCGAAUAAGUUCGAACUGGAACUCACAGACGGGUGGUAUGGAAUACGAACCGUAGUAGAUGAUCCUCUGUGCUAUCAAAUUCUGAAGCAGAAGAUAAAGAUAGGAACGAAAUUGAUUACGUGUGGAGCAGAGCUAAUGAACUGUGAAGGAUGUUCCCCACUAGAAGCAACGGACCUGACUUACUUGAAAAUAAAUUUCAAUUGUACCAGAAGAUCUAUUUGGAGCACUCGUUUGGGAUAUCAACGGUUUCCCGGUCCAUUUCCCAUACCAAUUAAUUCUGUACAUCCACUAGGAGGAACUAUCGGAGCCAUACAGAUCAGUAUUGCACGAGUUUAUCCUGUGAAGUAUUUGGAAAAAUUGGGUUGUCAAUCAGGAGAAGCUCUCUUCAACCCAGAAGACAGCUAUCAUGGAAUAUAGAAGCAAUUUAUUUCAACAAAAACAGCAAGAAAUCUCGAGUAGAAUGAAACAUAGUGCAGAGAAGUUGAAAGUGGCGACAAGAGACGUUGUACCUCUUUUUAAAAUGCUUGUCGUUGACAUCAACGGCAGUCCUACUAGAGCCUUCAGUUUCACAAUUUGGCGUCCUACAGAAUCCCAUUUCCAAAUUUUAAGGGAGGGGACAUCAAUGAUCGCUUAUAAUGUACUACCAAAAAUGAAUGGAGAUUUGAGUUCCAGCUCGAAAACCAUGUUCAAACCUGAAUCGCCCAGAGAACCGAUGAGCGAAAUAUUCAAAAGGAAAGUUAUCGAAAUAAGUCAACUUUCGGACUCAAAAUUUUCAGUAAAUUUCAGCGAAUUCGAUACUGUUGGACUUGUGGUACAAAUUAAAAUCGAUGUGAAAUAUCAGGAAGCGUGGCUGGCUGACUUCUCCGGAAGGCUACUUUUGAUUCAGAUAUAUGAGGGCCCAACCACAUGUUUGUUGUUGGAUAACGUGAAAAGAGGACAAGCCGUAACUGUAUGUAACUUAAGAUUUCGUAAUUUGACAGAUGAUGUUUCUCAAGCCAUUGGAAACCACUUCACUGUAUUUUCGUCAUAUUCCCAGCAUAAACAUUUACAGGAAUAUUUGGAAGAUUUCAAAAAGACUAUGCCGAAGGGCUGUGAUGAGUUACUUGAAGACUGUGAUAAUAAAAUAGAGAAGUUCAGAUGUAAAAGUAAAUUGCCUUCUGGUAAUUUGGAUGAAAGUGAUGAAGAUACCUUAAUAUCGUCUCGAAUUACAAGUACAGACUUAGCUUUAUCCCUUAUGGAUAUAGACAAACUCAUGUGAAGUCGUUUUGCAGACCAAUACAAAUGUGUUUGUUUUCCUUCGAAAACAAUAUUUUUAUGUUUAUAUGUUUGGCUAAGACCAAAAAGUGUUAAAUUCACGAUUCAUGUAGUUAGUGUUCUCAAUACAAUUAAUGUUUUGUAUAUCCUUUAUUCUUUGUGUUCCUAAAUUAUGUCGUACUACCUUCAAAAUGUUUGAAAAAAUAGAGAACCAAAAUAAAUUAUU